UUUACUUCGGAGAAACUGGAACAUACUUUGCUCAUAUAGAAAAUACUGGUUUGAUCAAUAUCACGGUCGUUUGGCAGAAAAAAGACAAAUGUGGUAUGGUGACAGAUAUAGAUGUAACUGACGAAAAAUACAGAGGAAGUUCCGUGGAUUUGCCAACCCCAGUUCUUAUCGUUAAUUUUGUUCGGAAGCAGGACGAAGGAUUAUAUCAGUUGGUGGUGAAAACUGGAGGAGGCCACGAGAUAACUAAACGUUCCAUAUGUGCACAAUAUUUUGAGCAAGAGGAUUUAUUUACAAUGGAAGAUGAUCGGCCUUUAAGCUAUGAAGAGGAAAUCCAAGUAGAGAACAAACCUAAGAAAGAACCAAUCAGAUUCCACGAAUAUCAUUCCUCUAAUGUAGUACUCAUUCACGAAAAUACUCUAGCAAAACGGAUAAAAGAUUUGAAUGGUACGUGCAUAUGUUUUACAGACCGCCCAAUUAAAGUGAGAGAAAGAUUGUACGUACGUGUUGCAGAAAAAUUACACACGUGGUGCGCUUCCCUUGAUUUUGGAUUGACAAACACUGACCCAUGUCAAAUUUACUGCUUGGAAUUUGUCCUCCCUCUGAUCUGA